UUUUAGAAUUAAAAUGGAGGAGUUUACAUCAGGAUAUCCUCUACCUCCUUUUUUCUACAAAAACUAUUCUUUUAGAAACAAAAAUGUGACAAGCUCCAAAGUGUGUAUGCCUACAACUUCAUUAACAUCUAACGAAAGCUCGGAAGAUAUUUUAUGCAUUAUAGAUACUGUAUCGGGACCAAGAUAUCCUUCACCUCCAAACUCACCAUGGUAUAGUUUUGGAGUUGAAGAGAAGCUAGAGUUUGAACUCCACGAAUUAGAUUCAGAAACGAUUAUUAAUAUACCGAAGAAAGAUAAUGACCUCAAGAAGCAUUUUCAAAUACUAUAUGGUGACUUUAUGGACUGUUUCAUGCAUUAUUUGCGGCAUUUAAAAGAGGUAGAUAAUGAUUCUGUGUCUGACAUUAAAAAGCUUAUUAAACUGUACAUGAAUCUUCAAUAUGUUCUAUAUACAUUCUCGGAGAGAAAAGCGGAGUAUGAUGUUGUCCGGAUGUUAAGGGAACAAUUAUAUCGCCGUCGUCAUUACAUCGAUUGCCUGAAAGUGGCACUGCUGGACACCGAGAGGUUAUUGUCAGCACAUCUACAGCACAAAUGAUUUCAACAUGUCUUUGUUUUAUUGGCUUAUAUGUUUAGAGUGUCGAAAUGCAUGGGGGG